UCUCCACAACAAAUGCGUAGAGUACUUUUCGAGACACUCUUGCACAGGGGAUGUAUAAUGCUUAUAGGGCUUCUCAUUGAUUAUUUUUCAUGAAUGGACAUUUCGGAGGGCUCUAUUGCUGUUCGUGGUAGGGGGAAAAACAAAAGGAAGUGGAUCCCUGUUGAAGAUGAUGAACUGAUCAAAGCAUUGGUUGAUGUUUCUUUGGAUUCGAGGUGGAGUGAUGGGAGUUUUAAGAAUGGUUACACUUCAGUACUUGAAGUUCGCCUCGCAGAAAAGCUACCUGAUUCAAGAAUUUCUGCAACUCCUCAUAUCGAUUCAAGGUUAAGAUACUUCAAGACAAAGUAUUCUGCUUUGGAGCAGAUGUUGAACAAGAGUCGGUUCACAUGGGAUCCAACCAAGAAGAUGAUUCAGUGCGAGAAACAACAAUAUGAGACACAUUGCAAGAAUAAUCCAGAUGCAAAAGGGUUGUAUGGAGUCUCCUUUCCUUACUAUGAUGAACUCUCAAUGGUAUAUUCCAAGGACAUGGCCACAGGUGAAGGUGCGGAAGACAUGACAGAUGCUGUUAAAAACUUGGAAGAAGAGUUAGUUUGUGUAAAUGCUAAUGAUGAAGAGGUUGGAGAGGAUAUGACAUCUGUAGAGACACCGAGGCGUUCUGUUGACUCAACAUCAUCUAGCUCCAAGAAACGGAAGAAAGAGUGGAAAGGAAUGAAGACCGCAUCAAGUGACCUGCUUCUUGACGUGUUCAAUGAAGUGAGUGGUGAUCUGAAGGUUGCCACCAUGUCAAUUGGAAAAAUGGCGCAAGCUAUGGAUCGUGAGGCAUCCAACCAAGAGAAGGCAAGGGAUGAAGAUCCACAACAAAAGCUAAGAGAGAAGGCGAUCAAUGAGGUCCGAAGACUUGAAUUUACUGGCUCAGAAAUUAUCAAAGCAGCUAUUGUGUUUGUCAGAAUGCCAGAUCAAAUGGGGAUGUUGUUUGCACUUCCAAAACCACUGAGGAGGGAAUACAUUGUUGACAUGCUACGUGAUGAAGCAGCAAGGAGAGAGAGAGGUCAAAGUGAAGGUGCUAGUCUUGCUGUUGAAUGAUGGAGCUUUGGAAGUUGCUGUUGGUUUAGUUGGUCUCAAACUUUUUAGCUUUAGUGUUCUUCAUAUGUUGCUGUUGAAUGAUGGUA